AUGCCUGAUAUCUAUGCUGAGGCUUUAAUGGCCGACGCCGGCGGGCUGGGCAUCAGCAUUAAAGGGGGCCGGGAGAACAAGAUGCCUAUUCUCAUUUCCAAGAUCUUCAAGGGCCUGGCAGCUGACCAGACAGAGGCCCUCUUUGUGGGGGAUGCUAUCCUGUCUGUGAACGGUGAAGACUUGUCCUCUGCCACCCACGAUGAGGCAGUGCAGGCCCUCAAGAAGACAGGCAAGGAGGUGGUGCUGGAGGUUAAGUACAUGAAGGAGGUUUCACCGUAUUUCAAGAAUUCUGCUGGCGGCACUACAGUUGCUUGGGACUCACCUCCUGCCUCACCCCUUCAGCGGCAGCCAUCCUCCCCUGGCUCCCAGCUCCGGAACCUCAGUGAAGCCAAACACGUGCCCCUGAAGAUGGCAUAUGUCUCAAGAAGGUGCACUCCCAAUGACCCAGAGCCCAGGUACCUGGAGGUCUGUGCAGCAGAUGGCCAAGAUAACCUCUUCUUGAGGGCCAAGGAUGAAGCCAGUGCAAGGUCAUGGGCAAGUGCCAUCCAAGCCCAGAUUGGCACACUGGUGCCCUGGGUCAAGGACGAGCUGCAGGCAUUGCUGGCAGCCACAGGCACGGCUGGGAGUCAGGACAUUAAGCAGAUCGGCUGGCUGACUGAACAGUUGCCUGGUGGGGGCACAGCUCCCACCCUAGCCCUACUGACAGAAAAGGAGCUGCUUCUCUACAGUGCUCUACCCCAGACCCGUGAGGCCCUGAGCCGGCCAGUCCGCACUGCCCCGCUCAUCGCUACCAGGCUGGUCCAUUCAGGCCCCUCCAAGGGCUCUGUGCCCUAUGAUGCAGAACUCUCCUUUGCCCUGCGCACGGGCACGCGCCACGGCGUGGACACUCACCUGUUCACUGUGGAGUCACCGCAGGAGCUUGCUGCCUGGACCCGGCAGCUGGUGGAUGGCUGUCACCGGGCCGCUGAGGGUGUGCAGGAGGUGUCUACAGCCUGCACAUGGAACGGCCGUCCCUGCAGCCUCUCUGUGCACAUUGACAAGGGUUUCACACUAUGGGCGGCUGAGCCUGGUGCAGCCCGAGCUGUGCUGCUCCGACAACCCUUUGAGAAGCUGCAGAUGUCCUCGGAUGAUGGCACCAGCCUCCUCUUUCUGGACUUUGGGGGUGCUGAAGGAGAGAUUCAACUGGACCUGCACUCGUGUCCCAAAACCAUGGUCUUCGUCAUCCACUCCUUCCUCUCGGCCAAAGUCACUCGCCUGGGGCUCUUGGCCUAGAUGUCACCAGAUAUACUCACCCUGAAGAGGGGGUUGUCCCUCAUAAGGCCAGAUCUGGCUCACUGCCAAAUGCCUGCUCACUGUUGGGCUGAGGGAAAGGAGAGGAGAGGAGCAGGGGCCUCAGAGACUCAGCCUCUGAGGGAGGCUGGUUUGGUCUCAGGGACCAGGACCCAGACCCAGGACACUGCGGACCUGCCUGUGAUGGGGCGGCCUUCCCGCUGCCCACCUCCACCAGUGCCUUUUGCAGAGAUAUUUUGUGUACACAGAAGCCAUUCCGAGCCUGGGACCUGCCUCAAUGGGGAUCCUGACCCCAACUGACAGCUGGGUUUGGCCCCUAAGCCACCCCCAGAGGCCCCUCUGAAGCUGAAGUGCCCUGAGCCAGCGACAAGAGAAAGAAGAGGAGCCUUUCUGUUCACUUCCCUUCAGCUCCACCACUGUGGGGCACCUGGUUUUUCUCUUCAUCCUCUCUCCUCCUUUUAUUUGGAUAAUAAACAGCCUGUGAGCACA